AUGUCAUCUGCGGUGAAUAGCCCGACCAGCGACGCACCCCUCGACUACGCGGCCUCCCGCGAGUCAACCCCCAAAAGCCCUCCCGCCGAUACCUACCAAAUCUUCCUAGCGCUGCAUCACCGCGGCGAGCUAUCCCUCGGCAACGAGCGACGACGCCUCGGCUUCGCCGCCUACCACUGGGCCAUCCUAGUCUCAGACACGGCAACCAACCGGUUCCACGCCUUCGACGUGACCGACGGCUCCUCGCCCGACCCGCUAGUCCGUCGCGAUCUCAACCCCGACUUCCAAUGGACAUACCGAGUCAAGAGCGACGUCCACCCGGACUCGUGCGAGUCGCUGCUGAUCAGAAUGGCGAUUGGCGAAGUCAAGGACGGUCUUGGGCCUGAGACUAUCAAGAUCCUGCUUCAAUCUGUCCAGUUGCCUAUUAAGGGUGCGUUGCCUCCGCAGAACUGCGUGACCUGGAUCCGGGGUGUGCUUCAUAAGCUGCGUUUCCAUGGUUAUGCCCGCAAGCUCUACGAUGUGGAGACGGUCAUUGCGCGUGCGCUUGCUUAUGCGGAUCUUCGGAUGGCGGAUCCGGAUCAUUCUGUGAGGAUUCUUGAUUGUCUGGGGAAUGAGCUGUGA